AUGACUGAAAUAAAAAAACGGGGAAGAAAGCCCCUCGCAAAGUCAACUGAAGAAGAUAGUUCAGAUUCCCAACAGUUACAUAACAAAGAGGAAAGUGCAGUCUUAUCGGCUGAAUCAGAAGCUUCUGAGCACAUACAGGAAAUAUCAACUGCAAGCAACAAUGAUAUAUCCUCGGCAAAUGAGAAUUCAGGUUCAACAUCUGCAUCAGAUCAGAAGUGCAAUGAUCCAUCAAGUACUUUGUACGUGUGCAGACUUUCUCUUCGUACAAAGGAGGAUGAUCUGAGGCGUCUUUUUGAGGAAUAUGGUAAAGUUACGGACUGUAGAUUGGUUACUAAUCCUCUAUCUGGUGAAAGUCGAUGUUUUGGCUUUGUAACAAUGAGUUGCCCUGAAGAGGCAGCUAGAGCAAGAGAUGCUCUUGAUUGUAAAGAGUAUCAAGAUGCUAAUCUUAAAGUUGAAAUGGCUAGAAGAGCUAAACCUUACGAACCUACUCCUGGGGAAUACAAGGGUCCUCAAUAUAGAUCAAUUAAAUAUAACUCUUCAUCCAGAAAUGGACCUCCCAGGUCUUAUCGUGGUCACUCGAGUAGGCCAAGCUCGAGGAGUCGUUAUGACUAUCCUCCUCAAUCCUCGUCUCACACAAGGAGCGAACAAUACAACAGACACGAUGAUUACUACAAUAGUAGGUAUAGUGACCACAGAUAUCCUUCAAGAUCAGAUGACUACCACCAUCCUUCACGAUACCACUCUCCUCCAAGAUAUUCCUCAAGAGCAGAUCCAUACGACUCUAGAUACUCAAGACGUUGA